UGACUUCACUACACCAUUUCUCUUCUUCUUUUUCUCUACCAAAUAGAUAAUUAAAAAUUUAAACAUUUUGCUUUAUUGAUACUAUAAUUUGAAGAUCAAGUACUAAUUAAUGGCUACCAAAGAAGAUAGCCACGAUAUUGCAUUACCACCUUUGAUCAAAGCCAUCUCUGCAAAUGAAGUGGACGGUUUCGAUGAAGCGAAAUCAUCCACCCUUCAACCUCCGAGCACCUCGGUUUUCGGGAUCGAAGCAGCGAGCAUGGUAAAGGACGCAAUCUCCAUCAGUAUGCCGCCUUCUCCGGUUGAAGCUCAUCUCCAAAAGACUAAGCGCGUCUUCUUCACAAGUGGAGAUGGUAAAGUUGAAGAAAAUGCAGAGAAACCCGAGGCAAAAGGGGCUAGAUUCCAUUCCCAACCAAUGCCCAAACGGAAUCCGGCUCACGACAGAAGAUUCGACUCUUUCAAGACAUGGUCGGGAAAACUCGACAGACAGCUCUCAAAUCUACGCGGCGUAACCACACAAGAAGAACAACCACAGCCGCAGGAGUUCGAAAAUCUACCUGUCCACCGAUAUUUCGACGCUUUGGAGGGCCCAGAGUUGGACACACUACGCGCCUCUGAGGAAAUCAUUCUACCUGGGGACAAGCAAUGGCCAUUCCUCCUCCGGUUCCCGAUCUCCUCCUUCGGUAUCACCCUCGGCGUCGGCAGCCAAGCCAUAAUGUGGAAGAGCCUCUCCUCCUCCACUGCCACCGCCUUCCUCGACGUCUCACCUCACAUUAACCUAAUACUAUGGCUCAUCACCGCAGCUCUCACCCUCACCGUCGCCGUCGUUUACGCCCUGAAAAUGAUCUUCUACUUCGAGGCCGUCCGCCGCGAGUACUACCACCCGGUCCGGGUCAACUUCUUCUUCGCCCCGUGGAUCGCCCUCCUCUUCCUAGCCCUCGGUGUUCCGCCCUCAGUUGCUGAGACGCUUCCCCCGUAUCUUUGGUACAUUCUCAUGGCUCCGAUCUUGUGCCUCGAGCUCAAGAUCUACGGCCAGUGGAUGUCCGGCGGCCAGAGGCAGCUGUCCAAGGUGGCCAACCCUACCAACCAUCUCUCCGUCGUCGGGAAUUUCGUCGGGGCUUUGCUCGGAGCGACGAUGGGGCUGAAGGAAGGGCCUAUAUUCUUCUUUGCGGUUGGGAUGGCUCAUUACAUAGUGCUGUUUGUGACUCUGUAUCAGCGGCUACCGACAAACGAGACGCUCCCGAAGGAGCUCCACCCGGUUUUCUUCCUCUUUGUGGCGGCCCCGAGCGUCGCCUCCAUGGCUUGGGCUAAGAUUCAGGGCUCCUUCGACUCUGGUUCGCGCAUAGCCUACUUCAUCGCCUUGUUCCUCUAUGUUUCGCUGGCCGUUCGAGUGAACUUUUUCCGAGGGUUCAAAUUCUCGUUGGCAUGGUGGGCCUACACGUUUCCGAUGACGGGCGCAGCGAUCGCAACGGUAAAGUACUCGAGCGCGGUGACAUGCAGGGCGACGCAGAUUUUGGCAGUGAUGCUCUGCAUGGUGGCCACAGUGGCGGUGGCCGCGCUGCUCGUGAGCACGGUCGUCCAUGCGGUGGUGCUCGGGGACCUGUUCCCCAACGACAUGGCGAUCGCGAUCAGCAAGAGGCGGCCGAGGAGGCGGUGGUACCACAAGAGAUCGGGAAGCUCCGACAGCAACAUUGAGCAGUACCUUAAGUAUAUCGAUUCAGAUGAGAAAGAUGUCGAGGCUUCUCUUCAUCAUUCUUCGAGCCCCACCAGCCAAGACUAGCUAAUCAUACUCUGUUUGUGUCUUUGUCAAGUGAGGAAAUCUCUGUGAUUGGGAGAGUUUAGUUUCCGGUGAUCUUGAUUUGGUUGCUUCGUGGUAAAAUCGAUACCAUGUGUAUAUUUUGUACGAUGAAUAAUGAGUUUGUUCAAUUCGGCUUUGUUCGUUCA